GGUUCCGAAGUUAAAAUCAACCAACUGUUAAUCAGAAACAAAGAAAGAAUGUAGAACUGCCCAGGUGGUUGGUAUCGCGAAUGGCUUUCGUUUGGAGUUUCCUUUAUACAAACCUAAAACCUUCAUCACUCGGUCGCUACACCUUCUCCUAAUUCCCUUAAACCCCAACUUGGCAUCCCCUUCAAUUCUCCAUCCAUCUCAAUCCUUAAUCCUUCCUCCUCUUUCAACCAGAUGCUCAAGUGUGCCUCUCCACUCACUCGCUCUUCCUUCUCCGCCGUGAUUCAUCUCUUCACCAAGUCCAUCGUAGCCACUCAAUUCCCCAUUGUUCAUUUCCCCCGCCGCCACGAAUCUGAAUCCGCCUGUCCCAGCUUUCAGGUCAAGCGACACCACAAAGAUAACUCAUCCUGGGAUGAAACGCUUAGGGGGCUAUGUUUGACUGGGAAAUUGGCGGAAGCUGUUGCACUUUUGUGCUGUAUGGCCUUGCAAUUUCAAUCCAAAACUUACUGUCUUCUGUUACAAGAAUGCAUUUUCAGGAAAGAGUAUAUGAAAGGAAAAAGAAUCCAUGCCCAAAUGGUUGUUGUUGGAUAUGUGCCCAAUGAAUAUCUCAACACCAAACUAUUGAUAUUAUAUGCCAAAUCAGGUGACUUAGAAACUGCAUACAUCCUUCAUGAACAUUUGUUGGAGAAAAGCUUGGUUUCAUGGAAUUCAUUAAUUGCCGGGUAUGUACAGAAGGGGCUUGCUGAAGUUGGAUUGGAGUUUUAUUUAAAGAUGAGACAAAGUGGUUUAAUGCCAGAUCAGUAUACUUUUGCAUCAGUUUUAAGAGCUUGUGCUAGCUUAGCUUCACUGGAACAUGGAAAGAGAGCACAUGGAGUUUUGAUUAAAUGUCAAAUUGGUGAUAAUGUUGUUGUGUCAAGUGCACUUGUAGAUAUGUACUUCAAAUGCAGUAGCUUAUCUGACGGGCAUAAAGCAUUUAACAAAUCUAUAAAUAGGAAUGUAAUUACUUGGACUGCUUUGAUAUCUGGGUAUGGACAGCAUGGAAGAGUUUCUGAAGUUUUGGAAUCAUUUCAUAGUAUGAUAAAGGAAGGCUACCGGCCGAAUUACGUUACUUUCCUUGUGGUUCUUGCUGCUUGUAGUCGUGGAGGCUUUGUGUCGGAAGCAUGGAGGUACUUUUCUUUGAUGACAAAGACCUAUGAAAUUGAACCAAGAGGGCAACAUUAUGCUGCCAUGGCUGAUCUUCUUGCCAGAGCUGGGAGAUUGCGAGAAGCCUAUAACUUUGUUCUUGAUGCACCUUGCAAGGAGAACUCUGUUAUGUGGGGUGCUUUGGUUGGAGCUUGUAAAGUUCAUGAAGAUAUAGAUUUGAUGAAACAUGUUGCAGCAAGUUACUUCGAAUUGGACCCUGAAAACUCAGGAAAGUUGGUUGUUUUCUCAAAUGCUUUUGCCACAUCCGGAUUGUGGGACAAUGUUGAAGAGAUAAGAGCUAUGAUGAAGAAAUCAGGAAUGAGUAAAGAUCCUGGUUGCAGCAAAAUUGAAAUUCAAAGGGAAUUCCACAUUUUUGUUAAGAACGAUAAAUCUCACAGAGAAACUGAGGAGAUCUAUAGAACCAUUGACAGAAUAACUCCAAUUUUGAAGGAUGCAGGAUAUACUCCUGAACUAUGUGAAAAAAAGUGAUAGAGAGAUGAAGUUGGUGCUGAACCAUACAAAUUGAAAUUGAAUGUAGACAUGUCAAUUAGAAGAAUCGUUGAAGUCCCCAUAUUUUUGGCUUACGGUUCGGUUGUAGCAAGUUCGCGAUCUAUUAGUUUUGUUGGUUUGUCACAUAUGAACAAAUAACAUGAUUACUCUGAGAUGCACAAGGAGAUCAGGCACUUGAAUAGAGAUAGACGGCCAGCCAGGCACAAAAAAACUACAAGUGAAACGUAAAAAGGAGUGCGAAAUUGUGAAGUAGGAGUUAAUUUUGAGAGUUGUUGCCAUGAGUGAAAUCGUGAGUUAACAUUUUAACGUAUAUGCAGUCGCCAGGUUUCAUAGCGCCAACAGUGGACACCCAAACACUGCCAACUUACGGUCAAGCUUUCCUGAAGAGCAACUCGUAUGAGAGUAGUACUAUAAUUCAUUCAACAUAGAGAAUUUCUCGUUGUUGGUGAAGAGUAAGCAUUCGUUUACUAACAACUGAAUUUAAUCAUCUGUAAACAAUAUUUAAUCGACCUAUAUUGCAAUUCUAUCCCAAUUCUAUACAAACAGUUCAUCAA